CAAAUGUCAAACCCACUUGAGGCGCAUCAAUUUUUACGGUACUAGGGUCACUGUAUUAUCUAAUAAUUAUUUAAGUUUGAAUCUCAGGAUUUAAGAUCCAAAACACUAAAGGUUAAUUCGGUAGGUUAUUUUUGAUAAAAAUGCCCAAAAAGAAAACAGGUCAACGAAAAAAAGCCGAAAAACAGAAACUUCGGCAAAAACAAAUUCGUACGGCUAAAGAAAACGUCCAACUUGCGCAACAUCCUUGUAACGCUUCAAUGGAGUGUGAAAAAUGCCAGAGGAAACAAAAGAACAGAGCCUUCUGUUACUUUUGCCAGAGCGUUCAAAGAUUACCUGCAUGUGCUCAUUGUGGGAAGAUAAAAUGCAUGCUGAAAACAGGAGAUUGCGUUGUAAAGCAUCCCCUUGUAUUUACUUCUGGGCUUGCAAUGGUGGGGGCCAUUUGUGAUUUUUGUGAAGCCUGGAUAUGCCAUGGGAAGAAAUGUCUUCAAACUCAUGCAUGUGUAUGUCCACUGCAAGAUGCGAUAUGUCUUGAAUGUGAGAGGGGUGUGUGGGAUCAUGGGGGUAGAAUAUUUAAAUGUUCUUUCUGCGAUGGUUACUUGUGUGAAGAUGAUCAGUUUGAACAUCAAGCUUCAUGUCAAGUUCUUGAAUCUGAGAAUUACAAGUGUCAGUCCUGUAAUAAACUGGGCCAAUAUUCUUGUUUAAGAUGUAAGACUUGUUAUUGUGAGGAUCAUGUCCGAAGGAAAGGUUUUAAAUAUGACAAAAAUAAAGCAUUGCCUUGUCCAAAAUGUGGUUAUGAAACCUCCCAAACAAAAGAUCUUAGCAUGUCCACUAGAGGUCACAAGUUUGGAAGACAAGGCCAUACAACUUUUGAUGAUUAUGAUAAUGAUGAAACAGAAUACUAUGAUAAUGAUUAUGCUUAUACUGAAGAGGAUAUUGAUGAAGAAGAUUCUGACGAAGAUGAGGAAAGUGACAGUGAAGAUGAAGAAGAAGGAGAUGAAGCUGAAGAAAAACCAAAUUCUUUGAGUUAGUGAUUAUUUGUUAUAUUUUAUUUUACACAAAAUGUUAAUAAAAUAUCACAUAAAAU